CUUGUUUGUAACUCUUCUACGUAAGUGGUAGAGUUUCUACCGAGGGGGUAUCCGAUUACCCAUCUUCCAGCAUUAGAUUGGGAUCCUCUCCCUGUAGUACUCGGGCGGAUAUCGCAUUUGCUUUAUCGCCUUUCUGUUUGAAAGAUUAAGCCACAGUGUUUCUAAGUGGACAGAAAUGAGCAUCGAAACGCUUCUGGAAGCAGCCAAGUUUCUGGAAUUGCAAGCCCAGCAACAACAGAAAGCACGUGAGGAUGACCUAAAGGAGAAGCAGCGUCUGGAGCAGUUUUCGCAGCAGAGGCACGCUGCUGUCCUCUUUAACUCAACCAUCCACAUCAACAAUGUUUCUAAAGGGGUGGAUCUGCGCUCUGAGGGCCGCCCGGGGCCCAUCCCGCCCUCUCUGCCUCCCCCGUCUAUGCCCAUCGCUGUCAUCCCCAUCCCUGUGGUCACCCCUAACCCUGCAGGCUCACCCACUCUGCCUGUCGCCACCCUCUCCCCCCCUGCUGCUCCCCCGCCUGCCACCACGUUGCCACGCUCUCCACAACCCAAACCUGACCACUCUGUGCUGACCGCCAACCACAAGCAGCUAAUACAGAACCACCACCCGCAGCUCAUCGCCCAGACUAACAAUGCUAAACUGCAGCAGCAGCUGGUGCAGCGAUACCCUGGGUCCAUCGUCUCGACCCCGCAGCAACACGCCAUACUGCCUCAGUCGGGCCCCGUGCUGCAGCAGGCCCCUCUGCAGAACGGCCCCGACAGCCGGGGUAGUCCUCCUGAUGACCGCCUGCUAGACAAGAAGAGACCGGGAGGGGCAGGCACAAGAGAAGUGCAUAACAAGCUUGAGAAAAACAGACGGGCACACUUGAAGGAGUGCUUUGAGACGCUGAAAAAGAACAUUCCCAACAUCGACGAGAAGAAGACCUCCAAUCUGAGCGUGCUGAGGAGUGCGCUGAGAUACAUUCAGACGUUGAAGCGGAAAGAGAAGGAGUACGAGCACGACAUGGAGCGACUGGCCAGAGAGAAGAUCGCCACGCAGCAGCGAUUAGCGGAGCUGAAGAACGAGCUGAGUCAGUGGAUGGAUGUGAUGGAGAUCGACCGCGUCCUGCGACAGACAGUACAGCCAGAGGAGGACCAGGCCUCCACCUCCACCGCCUCAGAAGGUGAAGACAUUAUGGAUGAGGAUCUGGAAGAUGAGAUUGCGCCAAGAGCACAGACUGCCUUACCCACCGUGCCUCAAACCAUGAAACCUGAUCUGCACCGGACUGCAGCCCACACUCAGGCCCCCACCCUGGCCCCCAGCACUACGUCCUUCAUCACCCAGCACAUCUCUAUACAGCACAAAGUCCCUCAGCUCCAGCCGCUCACAGUGACUUCUCCACAGCCGACGUCCAAACCUGCACUCCCCCAUACACUCACCUCCCCCAGCACUCCCAUCAGCCUCACGCAGACCCUCGUCCCCACACAUACACAGAUGGUGACGGCGUCCAGUCUCCACCCCACAGUCAUAGCCCACGCUUCAGUGUCCCACCCCUCAGUCAUACAAGCAGUGAACCACGUCAUCCAUGGAGGGGGUCCCAAACACAUCGCCCACCAGUUAGCGCACCAACCCAUCGGCCACAUCACCGUGCACCCGGUGGCCCACCUGAGCCAGCACCUGCCCACUCUCUACCCCCAACAGGUGGCCGUCACACAGUCGGCCAUGGUCGGUCACAUCACCCACACUAUAAACCAUGCGCCCCCUCACAUGAACGGCACUGCGACUAGCCAACCCGCUGCCACCAUCAUGGGCAAGCAGACAGCAGUGAGCACCCAGAUGGUGACGCACCACCCUCAGCUGGUGGGUCAGACGGUGCUCAACCCUGUGACUAUGGUGACCAUGCCCUCCUUCCCCAUCAGCACUCUGAAGCUGGCCUGAACCCCGCGUAGAGGACCACCAGGCUGGGAGAAGGGGACGCCCCUGGAUAUAGGGGAACUACAGGCCUCCGAUCAGGCCUCUGAGGAGCCACCGUGAGGGCCGGAGAGCUGCGGGACCCUUUGCUGAUCCAGAGUUUCACUAUCAUUCAAAAGCAUUGCAGCCGAUAAAAAGCCGGGAACAAUCCUACAACAAAACCUCUUUAAAGAGCACUUCCCCGGUGUCCUGAAAUCUUGAACCUGAAUUUAGGAUAUGAUUGAAAUCAUCUUGAGCAAGUGUGGCAAUAUAUAUGGUGGGCAGAUGUUAAGACAUCGCUCUCUGCAUAUAGGGAGGUCUUUUGCUGCCACUACAAUGUCAAUUCAUUUCCCCGGGUGAAAGUCGUCUGUCGGUGACCCCCUUACCAGUCAAUGUGCCUACAUAGAGUUGAAAAAAGAGGAACAAAAAGUAAAAUAUUUGAAUUAAACAGCCAAAUCUGAUUUCAUUUAAAUACAUCUGAUUUGGGUACAGCAAGCCUAGUGUUCCAUGUCUGCUGCAUGUUACUGUGUACAUGGAGGUACUGGCUGGUGGUUAUCACUGUGGAUUAACAUAUAUUAUGUAGUGGAGAAGAUACUUUGUGUUUUGAGGGCUCUGACAGACUGAGUGUAGGAUUACUGCUGGACCCGCCAUAACCAGCACAUUGGGAAUGUGAUGCAGAGGAGCUCCUCCUCUCAGCAGCAGCACAUGCUGCAGGGCUGGAGUCAAAUCCUGGACUGAACCGGGUGAGCUGGAUCAUCAAUCUUCAGUGAUGCUGCAUACAGCUAUAGCCCCCCCUGCUGGCUAAUUGUGCUCAAUUAAAUGCUAAUAUUCCUGUGACUAUUAAGAAAACGUCUAUUAUAGUAUAAUACUGAUGUGUCUCUUUCAAACACCGGCCAUUUAAAGUUGGAGUACAAGCCGUUUUUUCAGGGUGUGUAUUUUAAUGUUGGAAACUGAAAUUGUUACUUUAUUUAGGAUGGAGCUAUGUUUUGGUCGCAGCUGCUAAUAUAUUUUUGCCAAACAGAAUCAAUUCCACAUACCCUCUAAAAGUCACAACACAGUGGUGUGUUUAAAAAAUAUACAUGUUAGAUCCAAACUCAGACGCUACAAGGUAUGGGAUUGUUUUUUAAUUUUGAAUGUGAAUACAUAAAAAAGGUCCAUAAAAUGUAGUUAAGUGUGUUUCUGUGCUGUCUUGAAGGGCAAAUGGUAGUAGUAUGGGUGUUUGCAUGCUGUGAAUGCAUGUCAUGACUGUGUGUAUUUGUAUUAAUCUUGAAAGCGAGGAGCAGUAGAGGGACUGUCUGACUCAACAUGUUGCAGUAGGAAUGUUACAUUUCUUUGCUCAGAGUUUUAAGUGAUUUCAACACCCGACAUCAAUUUAACCAUUGUGAUUUUCAAAACUAUUCUUUUCCAAAGCUAGCACUGUGAACAUUUCUAUUAGCCUCAAUGAGCAGCAGUUUAGAGUAGCACUUGUUCUCCUUAUUUAUUCUGAAUGUACUCGUCUGUGAAAGGAUGUGGAGAAGUGCACUCAUCAGAAGUUAAGCCCGUUUUUUUCUUAUUCUUUUUUUUUUAAAGAAAUAUACUUUGUGAAAGUAUCACGUGUAUGUAAAGCAUAACAUUUAAAAAUGAUUUUGUAUUUUAAGAUGUACUGUUGCUUGUUUCAUGUGGAGAUAACUCCUGUUCAAUGUAACAUUUGAUGAUAAAGUUGUUUUUUUCUGGGACCAUGUAUAGUGCUGUUUAUCGGGGGUGGCGACUACACAGACCUCUUUUCACGUUGAUAUCACAUUCGGCCACUUUGGAAAGUAUUCGCCCCGUAAUUGUUUUCUAUUUUGUUUUGAUGCAAUAUGAUUAAAGCAGGGACACUUAAUUUUGA